AUGCAACACAAUCAUCACUACCCUACCGCAUCGUCGCAGAGCACAUGCACAACACGCCUGGUCUUCAGCGGGGGACCACUUGUCUAUGGAGACCGAGCCGAGGAUAAUGCCAAAGAUGAUGAUCUUAUGAAAGGCUACCGAGAGAUAGCUGACAUGAAGGAAUCUGAAUUAAUGACAGAAUGCAAAGCGAUAGCUGACAUGAAAUUUACAUAUGUUGUCUCAUGCCAACAGUAUGGAAUCCAGAAACGUUCUGGUGAUCCUUGUGCACAUGAUAUUUUGAGACUAAUGACAACAUAUCCAUCUUUUCGUGUUGCCUAUAUUGAUGAAGUUGAAGCACCUAGCCAAGAUAGAAACAAGAAGACUGAUAAAGUUUACUACUCAGUUUUGGUGAAGGCUGCUGUUACAAAAUCAGAUGAUCCUGGACAGAGUCUUGACCAGGUCAUCUACAAGAUCAAGCUUCCAGGCAAUGCUAUUCUAGGUGAGGGAAAGCCAGAAAAUCAGAACCAUGCAAUAAUUUUUACUCGUGGCGAAUGUCUCCAAACUAUAGAUAUGAACCAGGAACAUUACAUGGAGGAGGCUCUGAAAAUGAGAAAUUUGUUGGAAGAGUUUCUGGAGAAACAUGAUGGUGUGAGAUAUCCGUCGAUACUUGGAGUAAGGGAGCAUAUAUUUACUGGCAGUGUUUCUUCACUUGCCUGGUUCAUGUCGAAUCAGGAGACGAGUUUUGUGACCAUUGGACAGCGUGUGCUUGCCAAUCCAUUGAGCAUUGCUGCCUUGUCGGCUCUCUGCAUACUUGUAAAACUAAAUAAAAUUUUGAUAGUUGUUUUCAAAGUACUUGCCAUUGAUGAGAAAAGGAUUCCACAUUUGAAGGCCUCAGGUCAAAUAUGUGAUUUCUACCUCCCGCUGUUCACGCCCAUCGCGUUCCUCGCGUGGUUCCCCUUCGUGUCCGAGUUCCAGACCAGGAUGCUCUUCAACCAGGCGUUCAGCAGAGGCCUGCAGAUCUCCCGUAUCCUCGGCGGGCACAAGAAGGACCGAGCCACCCGGAACAAGGAGUAG